AUUUCCAUAGGUUUCCUACUUCAUUGAACUUAACUCUCUUUGAUUGUUCUACUAAUCUAUGGUUUUUCCAUUACCAACAUUAAAAUAAUGUAUCAGCUGACCAAGUAAAAUAGCACCUACUUAUCACUGUUAGUGUUUUGAAAUGUAGCAAAUUCAACCUACUAGUAAUGAAAAUUAAGUUUAAGGCUAAGAUUAAAUUAUAAGCACUACUUAUUCUAUUCUUUGAUUAUAACACAAACAAGAUUGAGCUCACUCAAUUCUCAAAUCUGCAAAUAAAUUUAAAAAAUGUCUAAUGACUUAGAUUUUUUAUUUAAACCCAUAAUAAUGGUAACUGGUUUCGGCCCGUUUGCUAAUCAUCCAGUGAACGCAAGUUGGGAAGCCGUGAAACUUUUAGAUAAACAAGAAAUAGAAAAUAAACACAGGUGCGAGCUUGUUUUGAUUGAAAUACCAGUAACUUAUGAAAACGUGGAUGAGUUUGUACCUGCGCUGUGGGAGACACACACCCCUAAGCUAAUGAUCCAUGUGGGGGUGUCCAGUAUAGCUAAUGAACUGACUCUAGAGGUUCAAGCACAUAAGAAAGGCUAUCAACGUUUGGAUUAUUUUGACAAAUGUCCUGCUAAUCAUGUCUGUACAGCAGACGGAGCAGUCAGGAUCCAUACUAAGCUUAAUGUUGAAAGAAUAUGUAAGGAAUUCAAUGAUGCAAGCCCUGAAGACUCCACCAGGGCUGUGAGCUCCAAAGAUGCUGGCAGAUAUUUGUGUGAGUACAUCUACUACACAUCGCUGUCCGUGGAUAAUAGCCGUACAUUGUUUGUCCACGUCCCGGACACUAAUGUGUACUCGUCGGAACAAACCGCUCGAGGCUUGCAGCGCAUCAUAGAGCUCUGCAUCGAACAGAUCCACGAGGCCGAAGCAGCGACCCGCCUCGCAGCCACUUUGCGAGACACUGGGCUCGCUGACGCCGAGAAGGAAGCGAUCGAUAACAAAAUAUGAAUAACCAAGACCAGCUUUUUGUUAUAACAGCUGGCGUGCAGCUCCGCGGCGGCGGCGACUGAGCCAAGGCCGACGUCGCGUCGCACACUUGUUUUUGUUUUUAAGUUUCAGACGUGGCAAGUAACGUUAUUAUAACGUCAUUAGGAACUGGGCUUAGACUGCGCUGCACACACGCCAUUCAUUUGUACAAACCUUAAUUAUAUCUAAUAUAAUAUUUAUUAAAAAACAUUAAAACUAUUAAUUUCUAAUUAUCUUCACAAGCACUGAACUGCUAACAUAACCACAAGACCGCUCCACAUUUCUCUGGAGUCUGGAGGCUCCGGGUCGGAGCAGGGACUGUGUCGGUUGCACACUCGCAUAGAUAAAUCUGAUUAAUGUUUGCGUAGAGGUGUCAACGAGCUCACGGGUCACGGCCCACCUGGUGUAUCGUCAUAUCUUUCAAAGUAAUCAUUAAAAUCACACGAUUUAAUAAAUAACUCAUGUGUCGCAGGGCCGCCUUAUAACUGUGCAAUAAAAAUAAACUAAUAACCUGCCACCAGAUUGACUGAAAAUUUUAACGCCUCGAUGAACGGCUCACGGAAUUUGGCCCCCAUUUUUUUUGAUUUUCGGAUUUUUUUAUUUUUAUUAUUUUUUCGUCGUUUGUUCGGUAAUGUUCGAAUGUAAAAAUUGUUUGUUCGUCUUUUAUUUAUUUAUAAUUAAUUAAACAAGUGAUCACCCUGAAGUCGGCCCCUCUUACUAGAUAUCUUAAUUUUUAUCGCUCAGAUUAAUUAAUUUUGAUUAAUUAUCGUUUGUUUGACGACUAUUGGUGAUUGUUCGAUCAUAAAAAUAAUUAAAUUCCCAAUUAUUAAUUAUUUUAUAUCUAAUAAACAAACCAUCACCUCACGCCUACAUUGCGCAUGCGCCGGUUUUAUCAGUCAGCUGGCAAUUGCCGUAUUUACUAGCGUUUUGUUAACAAGUGCGUUUAUACUAUCUAAUUAUUUCUUAUGUAGAUCAAAAAAAUACUGAAAACUUCAACAAACUUCAACAAUACUUCAACAAAAAAAUGUCAAUGAAGACGGCCAAUUAGUCGUUAAAGUUUAAUAAAUUCAGUUAUUUUUAAUGAUAUUGAAUAUUAACAAGCAUAUAGAAAUUUCAGUGAUUUCUAAUUAUUCUAAGAAUAUUUAAGGAGCACAAUUUUCGUUUUAAAAUUCAUUAACAUUAACAUGCAAUAAGAGAUAGUUAUGAUACUUGUAUUUUAUAAUAAAAUUAAUAAUUCCUAAAUUCAUUACGAAGUUCAAAAAAUGAAAAAGUCACACAAAAUCUGUUUUUGUUGAAAUGAUAAUUAUUUAUAAGUUCAAUAAAUAUAUUAAAGGAA